CAUCACAGACCGUUUGAGCCGGCGGGUCGCAGUCGCACGUGUGUCGCGCCCGUUCAACAAGUAGACGACGCCGCCACCGUUAUCCCUUUGGGUGCUCUGGGGGUCACGAUGCGAGUUCAACCGCUGGAACCACCGCCGUUUCCGCUACCACCGACAUUGUUUUAAAACGUUGAUCAUUUUUUAAUCUGUUUUUUUAUAAUUCGUAUUAUCCGAGCCGAUUUACUGGUGUACGCGAGUUUUUCUAAAAUAUAAAUUUAAUUCUUCCAGUUUGAGCAUGGCAGCUACCGAGUGGAUUACUGCCAUCGACAAAAGGCCUUCAGAUAGAAGUGCAAAAGAUGUUGAAGCGAUAGCGUCACGUCUUCGGCGUGUGGACACGUUAAAUAGAUUGCCCAGUAAUGUCUUACAACAAAUAGCCUUUGUUGGUUAUUACGAAGAUCUAGAACGUGGCGUAAUGCUGUUCAGACAAGGGGAAAUUGGAUCUAGUUGGUAUGCAGUAUUGGGUGGUAGUCUAGAAGCCAAAUUAGCUCAUACAACUCAAAGUUCAUCCUCAGUAAACGACAAGGCUAUUGUAGUUUUGGACGUCGGUGCUACUUUUGGUGAAUCGAUAGUGCACGACAUGCCACGGGAUAUGACAGUGUGCACAAAGACUACUUGCGAAUUAUUAAGGAUACAACAAAAUGAUUUCAAAAAAAUUUGGGAUAAACAUUCCAGUUUGAUGAAGGAGUUGGUCAUCAGUAACAAACUAAAAAACGGAAUAGCUGGUGGAAAUUUAACCAAGUGUCAAUCUCCUCCGCCGGUAAUGAACCAAGUUCGAAGAACGCUUACUCCCGAUAAUCCGGAUCCGGCUGAAAUAAUAACAGAGAAUCCCAGCAUGUCGAUGGCUAGGGCAGGUUGGGUGAUGCGUACAUUAUUACUCAGUGACCAAAAUACCAUUCUCCGUGACAGGAAGACUGGUGGCGGAAGAUCUGUCGUUCGGAGGUGUGCUUCCGGUAGUGAACUAAUAGACUGGUUAAUGAAUCUUGUGUCUACCGACCACGAUUCCUUUAGUAGACACGAUGUUGUAGGGAUGUGGCAGGCAUUACUCGAGGAAGGUGUCAUAUUCCAUGCUACAGGAGAACAUCCUUUCAAGGAUAAAUGUUUAUUCUACAAUUUUUGGCAAGACAGAGAGGGUGCAUUGAAUACACCCAAUAUACAAGAUGUUGCUGAAGCGGAGGAACACCUUGAAGAGGCUUUACAAGAAUUAAUACAACGAGGUCCAGAUGCUUAUCUCCGUAUGGUUCUGCGAUCACCAAGCUCAGACAGAUCUCCCGAAGACUUGGAACUUAUCUACGAAGAACUAUGUUCACAUCGAGCACUAAUUCAUCUUCCUACGUCUGUAAGACGUGAACUGGCUUCUGUAGUAGUCUUUGAGUCACAUCCUAGGGCCGGUGAUGUAUUAUUCCGCCAAGGAGACGAAGGAAAAGCUUGGUACGUAAUCAUGCAAGGCGCAGUUAGCGUAGAAACGUACUCCAAAGGGACAGUGGAAACACUAUACGAAGGUGAAGACUUUGGAGGAUUAGCCAUAAUACACAACGUUCCCAGGUCGGCCACAAUAACUGUCAAAGAGGACAAUACACACUUGCUACGAGUAGACAAAGACAACUAUAAUAAAAUUUUAAGAGACGUUGAAGCCAACACCAUUAGACUAAAAGAACUUGGCAACGAUGUUUUGAUACUAGAAAAAUCACCUAGAUUGCACAAGUAUAUGAUAAUAGCUGGAACUCCACAAAAAAUACUAGAACAUUUAUUGGAGCAUAGGUUAAGUAUCACCAACGUGGCAGGAUCAAGAAAUGAUCCAUGUUUAGAUGAUUUCUUAUUAACACAUAUAGUCUUUAUGCCUACAAGAACUCUGGUGUCAGAACUUAAUAAAUAUUAUCAUAUGGAAAAUCCAUCACAAGAUAAAGAAUACACUAUCAACUGUAAAAGGAAAGUCGUUCAGUUUGUAUAUAGGUGGGUGGUAACUAUCAGACAUCCGGUAUUUGACGACGUCGUUUCCAUGUCAUUCCUAGAGGAAUUAGCAAGUGACGUUGAAGCAGACUGUCAACUAUUAGGUGGCAACAGUCAAGCUUUACAAGAAGAAGCUAGUUUAAUGCAUCAUAUAAUGUCAAGAUUAAGGAGGUAUCAAGAUGAAAGAUUGGAAACAUCAGGAUUGAAAUGGAAGUUACCACCCGGUGGACAGCCUAUUUGUUUAUUUUCGGCGCUCAACAAUCCGUCAAAAAACUCCAGGCCUAUCAUUCGACAAAAUGAUGAUAUUAUAUUUAGAGUGUACUGUGCUGACCAUACAUUUUGCACACUACGAUUACCAAUCAAUUCAACUGCUGAAACAAUAAAAGUAGGAGCAUAUGAAAAGUGCAGUUUACGACAUCCAGUACAGGACUUACGGAUUGUUGAAGUGAAAUCAAACGGCGAAAGGAUACCGUUUAGGGAUAGUGAACAUUCAAUACCCACUAGUGUAGGGCUUAACAGUUGUAUAUUUUUAACUCCUAAAGAUCAUAUGGACGCUUUGACUUGUGUACCGGAACAAGAGAAAGCUGAAGGAGCUGAAAUAUCCGGUGACUUUGACUCGUUAAGUACCAAAGAAUUAGCGUAUCAUAUGACUCUAUUUGACUGGGAACUGUUCUGGAACGUUCAUGAAUAUGAACUAAUUUAUCUAACGUUUGGGAGGCAUCGUUUCCAACAAAUUACCGCCAAUUUAGAUGUUUUUCUCAGACGUUUUAAUGAAAUUCAGUACUGGGUCAUUACUGAAAUAUGCAUGUCACAAAAUAUAUCAAAACGUUCAAAUACAUUAAAAAAAAUGAUUAAAUUGGCGACAUAUUGCAAAGAGUUCUAUAAUUUCAACGCAUUUUUCGCCAUUUUGAUGGGACUGAGUGAUGUAGCUGUCAGUCGACUGUCUUCAACUUGGGAUAAGUUACCAUCCAAGUCCCGAAAGCAGUUUACCGAGUACGAAGCAUUAAUAGAUCCUAGCAGGAAUCAUCGAGCUUAUAGGAUUACUGUGGGAAAAUUACCUUCACCAAUGAUACCAUUUAUGCCACUACUCAUCAAAGACAUGAAAUUCACUCACGACGGUAACAAAACACAUGUUGAUGGAUUAGUGAACUUUGAAAAAAUGCACAUGUUGGCUCAGACCAUGAGAACACUCCGAUAUUGCAGGGCAAGACAUUUGGUUUUGGAACCUCCUGUGUCGAAAAAUGAAGCAGAUGUUAAAGCGUACGUGAGUUGUCUCCGAUGCAUAAACAACGAGAGGACCUUAAUGAGUAUGUCACAAAAACUAGAGCCUAGGAGAACAUAAAUGCUCUACGUUUUAACUUGUGAAAUAAAAAUGUUAUAAUUGGAGAUCUUCAUAAUAAUCAUGUAUACAUUUAUCUUAGUUUGAACUUUUAAUUAUGUACAUAAAUUUAUUGCCUUUGAGGCACGAAUUUUUUUUAAUUAUACAGCUGAUUUGAAGUAACCACAAAAACGUACAUACAGGGUAGAGAGAUAGAUAUGUCAAUAUAGUAAAUUUUUAAGUAUUUUCCUUCAUUACAAGCAAAUACGCCACAUUAGGACAAUCAGAUAUCGCUGCAGUGUUUACUAUAACAAGGCAGAUGACUAUAAAUCAAAUAAUAAUGAUACCAAUAAAUUAGCAUAGUUAGAUGUAGUCACCUAUGUAAUAUUAAUAUAUUUAAAAUUUUUUUUUAAUGUAAAUAUCAAUGUACAGUGACUAUUUUGAGGCGUCUUUGAGGUACAUACAUUGUUUUUGUGCAUUGUAUUACAUUUUACGAAUAAGAGAUAAACAUUUUAUGAAUGAUUUUACUUUAACUCAAAUUCAAAAAAUUUACUCAAAAAUAUAAUUUAUAUUCCUAAAGAAAAUUUUGAAUAACUCUAUAAUAGUUUUUAAAAUAUAUUUUCUUAUUGAGCUCAAAAUUAACUAAAAAUAGAGAAAACUCAUUACUUUUCAGAAUAUACAAUACUGAUACUAUAAAAAUAAAAUAAUCUAGUCUUAUUUCCUUUAGUGUUCUUAUUAGUAUAUAAUAUUUUAUUUUUAAAAUUAUACAAUUUUAACAUUGAAACUAUUUUGUUAUUUUUGUGAUAUAUAUAUAAGGGUCCAUUUUCCUAUUUAAUAUGGAUGGUUAAU